CUGUGAAUCUUCGUAAACGUCGCCCCGCCGAUCGGAAUCAGCUCGCGUGAUCGAGCGAUCAGCAGUUGGGAGAGCAGGUACCCGUCCACACAACUUGACCCUUGUGACAAUCUGAUUGCCAUCUUACCUAUCGAGACGCUGUCCUGCACAAGUAAAGCCACAACAAGACCAUACUGCCACAGAUCUACUCGCCAAAGUUGAGCAGCUGAGCCUGUCAAGAUGUCCGACGCUCGACUACGAAGAUGCAGGAAGGAGAUUGCCGCCUGUCAGAAGGAUCAGGUAUCUGGGAUUACGGUCGACAUGGUCGACAACUUGCCAACUCACUUGCGCGGUACCUUUAUCGGUCCUGAAAACUCGCCUUAUGAAGGAGGAAAGUACGAGGUGGAUAUCGUCAUUCCGGAUACGUACCCCUUCUCUGCCCCGAAAAUGCGUUUCAUUACCAAACUUUAUCAUCCGAACGUCUCGUCUGUCACCGGAGCGAUCUGCCUUGACAUUCUGAAGAGCAAUUGGAGUCCCGUCCUUACUCUGAAGAGCACCUUGAUCUCGUUGCAGAGCUUGUUGACCGAUCCUCAGCCAGAUGAUCCGCAAGACGCCCAAGUGGCUGGACAUUACAAGAGGGAUAGAGCAUCGUUUGACGAGACGGCAAGGCAAUGGGCCGUUCAAUACGCAGGUGCUCCCGGAGGUCCUGGCGAAGCGAGUGCGGUUGGCAGUGCCGCGACAGAAAAGUCGAAAGCGGAGCGGGCCGGUCUGUCGCAAAAAGACGUCGACAAGUUUGUCGGUUUGGGAUUUGACGAGCCAACUGUGAUUCGAGCCUUGUCGGAUCUGAAUUACCGGGGGAACAACGUGAACAACAUCAGUGACAAUGCUGUUGUUGAAGCCUUGCUCUCAUAAGAUGACCGUCGGUGCAACGAAGUGGUUGUCGAGUGAGCCGCAUGAGAUCGGUUGUUCUCCUGCACACUUGUAAUAGUCACGAGCAAGCUGUCUUUCCGAGAUACAUGUAUCCAACGAUGUUGACCGCUAUAUACCCUUUUCACCUAUCGAGCGUGGUUUUCAGCGGCUCGAUGCCAUGUCGUGGCCACGGAGGGAUGGCAUCGUUUCAUCCCUUGCAUUGGUCAGACGCCAACCUCGUGAUCGCCUUCGAAUGUACUCCAGUUG